AUGGUUCCCAAUGAAUGUCAUUCUAUUCCAUUGUCACCCCAAUUAGGGCUCUUACUUCAUACUUUUAAUUUUAGUAAAUUUAAUUAUCUAAAAAAAAACCGUUUUUUAUGUACCUUAAUGAAUGAAUGA